UUUUUUUUUUUCUCUCUUAUUUCAUUUCUCUGUUAUAAAAAUGUCUCAACCUCAAUUUUCCGAAAGUGAUCAGCGUGAACUCGGCCAAUUUCUUGAGGCAGAACAAGCAAAAGCUCGCGUUCAGCAAACUGUUCAUUCUUUAACUGAUAGUUGCUGGGAUAAAUGUAUUUCAAAAGUCAAUAAUAAAUUGGAUCGUAGUGAAGAAAAUUGUCUAGCAAAUUGUGUUGAUCGUUUCCUUGAUACCAGUAUGUUUAUUGUCAAAAGACUUGAGGAAUUAAGAAGCUCUGGCAUGUAGAAUAUAUUAUUAAAAGAAGGAAAAAAAAAGUAGUAUUAUUAUUAUUACUCUUAUACGAAUAACAUCGUCAAAGAUAAAAACAUAAUAAAAGACACACACACACACAUAAGCAUACCUUUUUUUUUUAAGCAUGUGACCAUAAAGUAUACAAGAUAACCCGCUUUACAGAGUCACUUUAACAAAAUAAAACUCGCUUUAUUAUCAUCCGUUAA